CCGCUAUUGUCUUCAUCAUGAUACAAGUAUACCCAUUGACUAUCAUCGGGGUCCUUUUGCUCCUAGGUGGAUGGUAUUCCAUUACCACCAUCACUACCUGCUCCAAGCUAGCUCGACUGAGGGGCUGUCAGCCGCCCAAAAGUUAUCCCCAUAGGGAGAGAUUGCUGGGUUCUGACUAUCUGCGUGACUCGAUACUGGCAAGAAAGAGCCAAUGCUACCUGAGACGCGAGCAACAGCUACACCAAGAAAUUGGAAACACCUAUCGAUCCCUCUUUCUAGGACAGUGGGUUUUGAACACAAUCGAGCCUGACAAUGUGCGAGCCAUCUUUUCCACAAACUUCACAGACUUUGAUACCGGAUCACGACGCCAUAGGGCCUUUGCACCAUUGCUGGGAAAUAGCAUCUUCCAAAUCGAUGGGGUGCAGUGGCGGUCGAGACGUUCCCUCCUGCAUAAAUGCUUUACUCAAGCUCGCAUUGGUGACCUUGAGCUUUUCGAGCCUCAUGUUCAGACUCUACUCGCUGUUAUCCCCACCCCCGGGGAAGCCUUUGACUUAGCUCCGUUGUUCCAUCGUUUUGCGGCCGAUGUCGCUACAGACUUUCUGUUCGGGGAGUCACUUACAUCGCUCGAACAUCCAGAUAGGCUCCAGUCAGGCUUGCUAGAAGCAUUUUACGAGGCAGCAGCAGGAUGCGAGUUUCGAUGGUUGCUAGGACGCUUUGCCUUCCUCUGGCCACAGCGAGCAUUUAUGAUGCAUGUUCGUACAGUGCAUUCAUUCAUCCAACCAUAUGUCGACAAAGCAAUCAGGGUAAAUCAUGAAGACUUGGGAAAGGAUGAGAACGAGAAGCAUCGAUCAAAUUUUCUGAAUCAGCUCAGUCAAAUACCACAGAAUGGACGAUCGCUCCGGGACGAAAUCACAACCCUGUACUUUGCCGGUGCAGACACCGUUGCAGCCCUCUUGAUCAACUUAUUCUUCAUUCUUUCAAAGCGUCCUGAUGUAUGGGAGCGUGUGCGCUCAGAGAUACAGCACUUACGCGACCAGCCACCUACGCUGCAACAAUUGAAAGGUCUCAAAUAUGUGAAUGGCUGUGUGUUCGAGAGCCUUCGCAUUCAUCCGCCACAAGCUUCCAAUUCUCGAAUUGCUAACCGAGACACGGUUCUUCCCACUGGCGGAGGGGCCGACGGCAGCUCGCCAAUCUUCGUAUCGAAGGGUACAAUGGUGCACAUCGCGACGUACGCCAUGCACCGCCGUCACGAUCUCUGGGGUGACGACGCAGAAGAAUUUGACCCCGACCGCUGGCUCGACCAGAAGCAGAAUUGGAAGUUCAUCCCCUUCCUGGGCGGACCGAGGAAUUGCAUUGGCAGU